GAUGAUAUGGCCGGGUCGCUUCUGUGGGACGAAUAGGGAUGGAUAAAAAAAAAAAAAGUUAGUGGUACGUGCAGUUAUGGGAGUCCUCGGAAAUUUGACCGAGUUGACCAGGGAACAUUACAAUAACAUCGGCAACAACAACAAUUAAGUCCUCCCCGGAUUUGAGCUGUUCCCGGGCUCAAAGGACAUCAUAAAGACAAACCAAACCUAAUAACGGGCACUCGCAGCACUCGCCACCAAAGCCAACACUACCAACAAAGCAAAAACACACCCACUAAAACAAGCCUGGUGUUCUGCGGGUGUUCGAGUCGUUCCGUCCGUUCCGGCCGAUCUGGAAAUCACAAGAAACAAAUAACAUUACAAAAAGGUCCUCGCCGCAGUCUCAGGUUACCAAACUAAUCCGGCUCUCAACCAGCCCCGGAUGGUCCCCGGAAAGGCUCACCCGCAUGUUCCAACCUACAUAAUAUAUCGACAAAUCAAACGAAGCCAAACGAAACAUAUCGAACAAGCAACUGUCCACCUUGAUGACAGAGGCCGACAGCGACAACAACGACAGCGACAACAACGACAGCGACAGCAACCGACAACACAAUUCUCGCCUAUUCGGCCUGGUUCUGGUUCUACUCACCUUACCCUACAGGGCACUUCAUAUUCAUAUGAGUACUCUUCUCUAUUUGACGUUUAUCUCAUGUUAAAUGUGUCCAUCCGGGGCGUCCAGAUCUUGACACUCCGGAUGGACAUAUCAAGUCUUGUACCACACAUUUCCCAUGUGGCCAUUAUGGCCCACAAACACCCACCCUAUAUCCGAAUACCUCAUACACCUUCAAAUCCGAAUCUCAGGAGCUAUCGGGUGGCCGAUGCUUGGCCGGCACCGGUCACCCAACACUCCAAUAAUCAAGCCCUAAACGGGCACAAACCACAUUUUCACCACACCACUUGCAUGUACGUCCUGGUUCAGGUUUUUGCCCUGUACAUGGAAAACAUGACAGUGGGUUUUCCCUCGGCCCUAGCUCGAAUGGGGGGACAUUUUUUAUGUAUCUUUUGUGGUGACUUGUCUAUAUUGUUGAACAUACACAUGUACUUGGGGACGAAAUAUUGCACACACACACACACACACACACACAUUUGUUUUUGAUUUUGGAGGAUGGAAGCACUUUGGGAAACACACACACAAAGUUGAAGACGAAGAGUCGAACUGAGAACCGAAUCGGGGAAGUUGAAGUUACAUGU